AUGGGCUCUUCUUCUUUAAUGGCCUCCCUUGUUUUUGCAGUUUUGGUAGCAGCUCUAAGCUUCCCAUCCACAACCUCCCAAGGCUAUGACGACGACUCUCCUCCACCACCGGUUUAUUAUUCUACUCCACCACCUGGCUACUACUAUACUCCACCGCCUGUUUAUUACUCUCCUCCACCUCCUAAGAACGACUACGAUUACAAGUCUCCUCCACCACCACGAAAAAAUAAUGAAGACAAAUCACCACCUCCACCACCACCAACAAAGAAGCCAGCCCGUUCACCACCACCACCACCAAAAAGGUAUCCUCCAGUACCACUACCGGCACCAAGGAGGUCACCUCCUCCUCCAGUACCGAGACCAAGGCGGUCACCUCCUCCCCCAGUACCACUACCAGGGCCAAGGAGGUCGCCUCCUCCUCCAGUACCGGGACCAAGGAGAUCACCUCCUCCUCCAGUACCGCUACCGGGACCAAGGAGAUCACCUCCUCCUCCAGUACCACUACCAGGACCAAGGAGGUCGCCUCCUCCUCCGCCAUCUCCUUACUACUAUUAG